CAAAUCGUCUACAAAUUGCUCAUCUGAUCGACCCAUUAAUACAAAUCGCCGCCACAAUUCGCCGGAAAAUGGAAGUUAACGUCGCCGGAACCACCAUUUUCUACCCAUCCACCUCUCCUUUCAACGAAGACCAUAUCCUCCCGCUUUCUCACCUCGACAACGAUCGUAACCUCGCCGUCACAUUCCGUUACCUCCGCGUUUACGCCGCCACCAACAUUAACAACCCCACCGCCGAUCCUUUCCAAGUCAUAACCUCCGUCCUCUCUCCCACCCUAGUCGAUUACUACCCUCUCACCGGCUCUCUCCGCCGCCGAACCGACGGCCGUUUGGAGCUCCAUUGCGCUGCAGGGGAUGGACUUCCGGUUGUCCGCGCCUCCGUAGACUGCACCCUCGAAUCGGUCGGAUACCUAAACGACCCAUCAGCCGAUUGGAUCGAGAAAUUAGCACCUAACCCAGAUCAUGAUUCAUCUCUUGAAACUCCGGCUAUGUUACAAGUGACGGUUUUCUCCUGCGGUGGAUUCGUUCUUGGGACAGCACUUCAUCACGCGAUGUGCGAUGGAAUGGGUGCGACGUUGUUUUUCAACAGUAUGGCUGAGUUGGCUCGUGGGGAGACUCGGAUUAAGGUUAAACCUGUCUGGGAUCGGACGACAUUGCUCGGACCGAGAAACCCACCAAUUGUAGAGUUCCCUAUGGAGGAAGUGUUGUGUCUGGAUAAGGAAUUCUCUCCUUACGCGGCAGAGGAUGAACCUGUGAUCCGACAAUGCUUUGAGGUUAAGGAAAAAUGGUUGGAUUUGCUUAAAGCCUUUCUUGUUCAACAAUCUGGUUCAAAUUACACUAGCUUUGAGGCCUUGGGUGCCUUCCUAUGGCGAGCAAGGGUGAAGGCUUCUAGAAUUGCUGGCGAUGAAAAGGUGAAAUAUGUGUACGCGACCAACAUAAGAAGGACAGUACAGCCGCCAUUGCCGUUUGGUUAUUGGGGAAACGGAUGUGUACCCAUUUUUGCGCAGGCAAUUGCAAAGGAGAUAUUGGAAAAACCCAUUUGGGAAACGGCGGAAUUGAUAAAGAAGAGUAAAGGUAGCAUAACGAAUGAGUAUGUUCGGUCGUUUGUGGACUUUCAGGAGGUUAAUUACGAGAAGGGUAUCACCGGUGGGAAGGAGGUGAGUGGGUUUACGGAUUGGAGACAUUUGGGACACUCGUCGGUGGACUUUGGGUGGGGAGGGCCGUUGACGGUUUUCCCAAUUUCUCGGUAUAUAAUUGGGAGUCCAGAGCCUACUUUCUUUUUGCCUUAUUCAGCUGCAAAAGAUGGGUUUAAGGUUAUGGUUCAUUUGAAAAAGAGUGCUAUUCCUGCUUUUAAGGAUGAAAUGGAGAAGCUUUCUACACAACAUUUCAACUAAGUUCCUAUUUGUUAUAUCUAUUCUUCUAAAAUAACAACAAGAGGAAGAGGAGGAAGAGGAAGAAGAAGAAUGGCCAAAGCUGCAGGUUUCUUUGUUUUUGUAAAUGGAUCAUCCAUCCAAAUUAUAAGUUCAAGAGACAAUAAUAUUACACA